AUGGGGAUUCGAAGCAGCCUCACCAGUAUGAACUCCCAUGUUAUCCAGCCGUGCGGGGCUCAACUGACAAUUCGCGUUUAUAGGAUUUGUCCCUUUCAUCGCGUACCACCAUAUUCUGAUGGGUGUCUGUACAGUUGCAAUUAUCCUCUUAUAUCUUUAUUUUUUUCGGACCAUAAACUUCCUCACAUUUCUCCUACGCGAUGGCUGAUCAACCCACCAGCUGUCCUCCUCGCGGGAUGCACAUCCUCCAACGGCAUGAAUAAUAUCUAUCUAGUCUCCCUCAAGUAUAGAAAUGCUAGUACAUCGACCCCUAACGACCCCUCAUUCAUUAAUCCCAGCAUUGCUGAAAAGGUCUACAAUUUAUCGCAACCACGCAAUACUACGAUUCAAGAAGUGCGGGCUGGGUACAUGGGUCUCUGCUUGACUCGGAGUGACGGCGCGCAAUUCUGUUCUAGUAAUGCGGCAGCUUUGGCCAGUAUGGUCAAGGAUCAGGGAUUGCAGGGCAGUAAUGAUACUGCCGAUCCACUGAAUUUGAUUUGGAUUGCGAAGAAUUUCAAGGAGACGAUUGUGUUUGACGGGUUGAUAUUCAUCGCCGUCGCCGUGGCAUUCAUUUGUUUACUCGCAUUAGCCACAUUCCCAGGCUGGCACGAGGAAGUCGACGAGGACGGCUCCGAGCGCGAAGUCAAGCCCUUCCCCUCACGGCGAGUCUCGCAGGCUGCACUAGGUAUGAGUACAUUGGGAUUCAUAUUCGCCUUGAUCUCAAUCCUCUGGCAGCACAUCAACAGCAGUGCUGCAGGAACCAUGUCGGAGAGUCUUACGUAUGGGGCCAUCGAGAGCCAUGUUGGGACGGCGGCAAUGGUUCUCGGGUGGGCUGCCGUAGUCUGUCUUGGGGUUGUUGCUCUGGCAUUGCUGGUUAUGAUUAUGAGUAUUAGUCUUCUCCGUCAAUUGACGGAGGAGUAG